UUGGAUGCAAGAGAGCGCGGCGAGGUCCCCGAUGGCCGACCGCUCGACUACCUCAGGUUCAGACGGUUGCGGAGAACUUCUGUGCGGGUUGUCGUUGUUGGCCUUUCUGCCUUUGUGCGGCUUCGCUCCGAUUCUCUUCUCCUUCUUGGUGAUGGGAUUUCGGCUGGCGCUCUAAUCACACUAAUAGCUAACUCCAUCGUCUUUCCAUGGCGUGGUGGUGCAAUUGGGCGAUGGGAGCAUAGCUUCGGAACGUCCUUUCCAUCACCAACGGCCCGACACAUCAUCGCUAACAUGAAAUUCACCUGCUCGUCGGCGGCAGGCAGGGGAAGCGAACGAGCAACAGUUUUGCAGGAUAACAUAUCCGAUAGGGUAAGUGGGUUGCGGUUACAGUCCCAUUCUUUUGCAACGAAACGAUCAUCAACCAGCAAUCCAGCAUUCCUCUCCUCCAAACUGCAGACUAGAAGCUCGCUCCUGAACCAGCGCCCUCUACUUUGCGACGUUGCCUCGGCCUGCACAGCGAUCGACGCCGACGCCGCCGCCGCUCACCAUCCGAAACAGAAAAUGCUUCAAUCUCCUUUAAAUUUUAGAAUAUUUGGCGCCGGCCGUGUCGUUUGUGCCUGCAGAAUCGGACUGCAGGGCGGCAGAAGAAGUACUCUGACUUCUCUUCUUGUAAUUCUGAUUCCUGGCGCGACGCAGAAACUGCACGUCUCAGCAUCAUUUAGGGGAAUAGCCAACAUCAGGGAAAUGUUCCCGUCACCGCGCAAGUUGUUGCUGCAGGAAGGUGGUUCUCUCCAUAGAGCAUCACAAAUGGAACAUUCACACUCCCAGCAGCAACGAAGAUCCAGCAUGAUCCCUGUUUCUCCUUCUUCUCUUCACUCCCUGCGGACAAGAAGCUUCAAAGAGCCGUCAGUUCCAUCAGAGGCGAACUCGAACAAUAACAGUAAGAAUGAUAAGGGGGUAAAUGUGCAGGUCAUUCUCCGUUGCAGGCCGUUGAAUGAAGAUGAGAAGCAUUUGGUAUCUCAUGCAGUGAUUUCUUGCAAUGAGAAGAAGGGAUUAGUGUCUUUGGUCCAGAAUACAGCUCACAAGCAGAUAGAUAAGAGCUAUCAGUUUGACAAGGUGUUUGGUCCUACAUGCGAGCAGACGGAUUUGUUUGAUUCAGCUGUGACUCCAAUUGUGAAUGAAGUUCUCGAGGGUUACAAUUGUACCAUUUUCGCUUAUGGACAGACUGGAACUGGUAAAACUUACACAAUGGAAGGAGGGAUGGUGUCCGAGGAUGGGGAGUUUCCUAGUGAUGCUGGUAUCAUUCCACGAGCUGUUCAACAAAUAUUUGAGGUUCUGGAAGCCAGAAGUGAAGACUACAGCAUGAAAGUGACGUUUCUGGAGCUUUACAAUGAGGAGAUAAUGGACCUGCUGGCGGACUCUGAUGAAAGUGUUACUGCUAGCGCGGAUGAGAAACUGAAGAAGCCAAUAGCCCUCUUGGAAGAUGGCAAGGGAGGUGUUUUCAUAAGAGGGUUAGAGCAGGAAUUGGUCUCUUCUGCUAAAGAAAUAUACAAGAUCUUGGAGAAAGGCUCUGCCAAGAGGCAGACUGCUGCAACACUGCUUAACAAAACCAGCAGUCGUUCUCACACCAUAUUCUCGAUUACGAUUUACAUCAAGGAGGAAGGUUCUUCAGUUGGCGAGGAACUUGUGAAGUGUGGGAAACUUAAUCUUGUUGAUCUUGCUGGGUCUGAGAAUAUCUCACGCUCUGGAGCAAAAGAGGAACGAGCGAGGGAAGCUGGAGAGAUCAACAAAAGCUUGUUAACGCUAGGCCGCGUAAUCAAUGCAUUGGUUGACCAUUCUGGGCAUGUUCCAUACAGGGACAGUAAAUUGACAAGGUUGCUAAGGGAUUCACUAGAUGUACUGUUGACGAAUCAGGUGAAUCAGAGGACAAUAAAAGCUGAGCUGCUCAAGGAUCUUUACUCUGAGAUAGAUCGUCUUAGGCAAGAACUAUAUGCUGCUAGAGAGAAGAAUGGCAUGUAUGUACCAGUUAAUCGUUACCUGGCUGAAGAAGCUGAGAUGAAGGCGAUGGUUGAGAAAGUUGAGAAUUUGGAACUAGAAUUAGAAAUCAAAGACAAGCAUCAUAUGGAACUUCAGAGCCUUUAUGAUGAUCAGCAGCUUCAGACAGCUGAACUAAGAGAAAAACUUUUAAAGACACAGGGUACUGAAGGACUUCUAUCAGAAGUUGUGAAUUUCAAUGGCAGUUAUGGCAGUAGCAUCAAGUCAUUGGAAAACAUAGCUGGGGAACUCGACGAGGGUUACCAGCAAGCAUUCUCCAAUGUAACUUCAGAAGUCCUGAGAAACUCUACUACUCUUGUUGAGCAUGUAGAAGAAAAGUUUAUGGAAAUACAUGGCAUCCUCAAAGUCGUACAAACUGAGUUGUUUACAGAAGAGGAAAAACUUGCCAAAUAUGCACAGCAGCUUCAUGAGACUCAUUCCAAGACAUUGCAAAUGACCAAAUCAAUGACUGAAGCUAUGACAAGCUUUACUUCGAAAUUAGGCAUCCAUGCUUCGAACCUGUCUCGAAUAGCAGAAGAGACCCAAUUAACUACUGGUAGAAAGCUAUAUGAGCUCGAGAAGGAGUUUGAGGUAAGUGCCGCUUUGGAGAAGGACCUGAUGUUGGAGAAAAUAGCAGAGAUGUUGGAUAGUUCAAAUGCUCGGAAGAAAAAGCAGGUUCAAACAUCAAUUAGUAGCCUUCUGGAAAGUAUGGGUACAGGGAACUGCAACUUACAGCUUGAGCUCUCGAGCCUGGACAAUGUUGCUUCUUCUGUCAACUGUGAAUGGAGAGAUCACUUGGAGACAGCAGAGGCUAAAUAUGCUGAAGUCGUGAGUUCAGUGACAAAUGGGAAAGUUGACUUGGAAGCACACCUUCAUCAAUGCCUAGCAAAAGCAAGAAGCGGAGCCACAAAGUGCAAAGACGCAUACGAAUCGAUUCUUGAUCAGCAGAAGAGAAGCAUAGAUUCUGUUUUUGCCAUUGCCGGGGAUGGAGUAGAAACCAACCAUGAGACCUUCGAAAAGCUUACAUCAAUAGCUACAUCUACACUUAAACAAUCUGACAUUGCAAACCAGUCUCUCAUACGCACCAUCUCAAGUCUACUGACACUGGACCAUGAAGCAGAAAACAACAUGAAGAUGAUCGUUGCUCCUUCUAUCAAGGAUAUGAAGAACCUUGAUGGCGAUCACCAAGACGGAGUGCACAAGAUCAAUGAAAAUGCAGGGCAAUGCCUAGUUAGUGAAUACAAGGUUGAUGACACAUGCACCUCACUCACAAAGGCAAAAUACAGCAUUCCAAGCAGUACAACCAUUGAGGAGCUGAGAACACCAGACUUUGAAGUAUUAUUAAGUGCUUUAAACUCUGGGGAUUCGGCAGCAGAACAUGACUUCGAUGAAUCAAAGACUUCGCUAGUUUCUCAGGAUUCUGAAGACAACAUUUUGUGUCCUUCGCCAAGAGCUGCCCUCAUAGCCAUCAAUUGAGGGUCAACCAAGAGACCCUCAAUUUCCUUGGCCCAAAUACUUAUUUGUUGAGGCAAAACCAAGUGUUGAUGUUUAUAUCUAUAGCUGACAAAAGUAAAUUUCGGGGUCAUUCCGAUCAACCUUCCUUCCUAUUACUCAGGAAGUUCUCAGAAAAAGGAGAUAGUUUUAUGGAUCACAC